AUGGAGGUUGCGGCGCCGGGUACCAAGGUUGCGGUUGAGGGUACGCUGGCGGAGGAGGAAAGGGUGCCGGCAUGGGGUGAGGUUGAAGCGGCGGGUAGGACCACGCAGGUUGAGGUUGAGGCGGCGGGUAGUACCACGCAGGUCGAGGUUGAGGCGGCGGACGAUACCAUCCCCACACAGGAUCGAAGAUUGGAUGAAAAUGAUACGCCGGUGGGAAAGGCGGUUGCUGAUUUUGCGGUUGAGGUUGAGGUUGCGGGUGCGGUUGUGUUUGAGGUUGCAGUUGAGGUUGGCCAUAGUACGGCAUUGCAGGUGGAGGCGUAG